CAGAAAGUUGAAUAGUUGUCAACGAAAUCGAAAAAAAGCCACCUCAGGAAAGCCACAAAUUACAAUUCCUCGUUUUGUCUUCUUUUAAAACAAUUUAAAUAAAAGAACCUAUUAUUAGAUUUAUAGUUUAGAAUAUUGAGGAUAGGAAUAGGAAAUAAAAACAAUUCAAAAUGGGUCUGCCAGAAUUAUUAAAAUUCGACGAAAUGGUCAAGGAUUUCAACAGAAUGAACAAACGCCAGAGUCUCUAUCAGAUCCUUAGCUUUGCGAUGAUUGUCUCAUCGGCAUUGAUGAUCUGGAAAGGAUUGAUGGUGGUGACUGGCAGCGAAUCUCCGAUUGUGGUCGUACUUAGUGGCAGUAUGGAACCGGCUUUCCAUCGAGGUGACUUGUUGUUCCUCACAAACUACAAAGAGGAACCCGUUCGUGUUGGAGAGAUCGUUGUCUUCAAGGUGGAAGGAAGAGAUAUCCCUAUAGUGCAUCGAGUUAUUAAGUUACAUGAAAAAAGCGAUGGAUCAGUCAAGUUCCUUACCAAGGGAGACAAUAACAACGUUGACGACAGAGGACUGUACGCACCCGGGCAGCUGUGGCUCACGAAAAAGGACAUUGUGGGUCGAGCAAGAGGCUUUCUUCCCUACGUUGGCAUAAUCACAAUAUUUAUGAACGAAUAUCCUAAAGUUAAGUGGGCAAUUCUAUCAAUCCUGGCGAUAUUUGUUCUCCUCCAUCGAGAAUAGGACUGUUACAACCUUUCCAGCCUUGUUUGGAGCUAAUUUCAAAAAAUCCUAGCAGGGUAAAAACAAACAAAACACAACAGAAAAGAAACGAAAAAGCAUUUUGGGAAGAAAUCAAAACGGCAACAACAACAACUAUGGUUAAUGCAUUUUUUUAAUUUUUAAAGUUCUUAGAAAAACAAAAAACAAACAAAACAUUGAAAAAAGCAAAUUGUAAAACUUUGUAAGUCGAUCCGAAUUCGAAGUACAUUUGGAUUCACUUAUUUCUUAAUUAUAAACAACAACAAAAAAGACAAAAAUUAUAAAAA